ACUCAGCAGAGAGCAUCGACAGAGCCCAGAUCACCAGAGAAAGAGAGAGAGAGAGAGAGAGAGGAAAGAUGAGAGAGAUCGUUCACAUCCAGGCCGGACAGUGCGGGAACCAGAUCGGGACCAAGGUAUGGACCGGGGUUUGAACCAUGAUACUGUCGAUGAGGGAGCGGGUUAGUUACUGUCAGUUAGGAUUAUUGAUCCAGAGAGGACAGACUCCGACAUCACAACCUGAUUCAUAACCACCUUAUUCUUGUCAUAUUUAGACUUUACUGUGAAAAAUCGUUUCUAAACUUACUAAUAAUGUUAAAGAAGAGAAAAUCAGAAACCACUCUGUGUUUCCUGAACCCAUGAGAGUCCAAACUGACCCAGAAUCAGGAGAAAAUCAGAGGAACAAAAAGUGUUGGUGUGUUUUUCUCCAUGGACUUCAGCUCAACACGAACCAGAGAUGACUGUUUCUGCACAGCGGAGUUUGGAGGUCGUUGUUUUAAUUAUUCUUAACAUGAUGAAGUUAAAGUCACGAGUUGAACCAAAAGUCUCUGGAGGUCCAAAAGUGAAGUUCUGGUUUAGAGAGUGUUAUAAACCAUCACUGUGGUGUGGAGGAGUGAAGUGAACUCAGAGCCACUGUGAGAGUAUUCAAGGAAUCUGGGUGUACACACACACACACACACACACACACACACACACACACACACACACACACACACACACACACACACACACACACACACACACACUCAGAUCUCUGGACUCUCUCAGCAGCCUGAGCUCAGUGGGCCGACAGUCGGAGGAAUUAACUUAGUGAAACAUGAAAUAAAAGAAUUAGCCACAGCUAAAUGGACAGAGAGCCGGUCACAUGCUGUAACCACAAAGACUUCUGGGUAAUGAGACAGUGUGACUGUGUGUGUGGUCACCAUGUGUUUGUGCAGUGACUCGGCUUUAGCAAAAAAAACUAAAACUCAGGAUGUAAAUGAAAGAGGAAGGACUGAGAAUCUCUGUGAGGACACUCCUCCUCCUCCUCUCCUCGUCUCCUCUCCCUGCUCUCCUCUCCUCUCUCCUCCUCCUGCGGUUCUCCACAGUUCAGCAGUUGAGGUUGGACUCAGGUGUAGGAUCAGACCUGAAGUCUCUGGACUUUGGGAUCUGGUUUUACCCAUCAGGCAGGUCAUAUCAGACGUUACGAUUCCCACCAGAACAUCACUGAGCAGCAUCACAAUCCCUGCAGACGCCUGAGAGCAGGAUCUCAAACGACUCCUUUUGCAGAGUCUCAAACACACCAGCAGGAUCCAGGAUCUCUGUCAGAGUCAGUCCGAAAUGUCUCACUCGUAUUUUUACCUCAGAUGUCAGAGAGUUUAAGGAGUGAGUCAGCGAACACAUCAUGGAGGCAGAAGCUCUCUGAAUCACCAGAUCAGACUCGACCUGACUCCCUCUUCUUCCUCUUCUUCUUCUUCUUCUUCUUCUUCUUCUUCUUCUUCUUCUUCACAAACUCGCUCAGUUCUGGGAAGUGAUCAGUGACGAGCACGGCAUCGACCCGGCGGGAAGCUACGUGGGCGACUCGUCUCUGCAGCUGGACAGAGUCAACGUGUACUACAAUGAAGCUUCCUGUAUGUACAACACACAACAGGAGAGUGUGCAUGUGUGUGUGAGUGUGUGUGUUUGUGUGUGAGUGUGUAUGUUUGUGUGAGUCACAGCCUGAGUGUUACUCUCUGAAAAAUCUCAGUUUAAUCCUCAAAUAUCCAAAAAUUCCAGGACCUGAUGUUUCCUCUCUGUUUGUGCAGCACAUAAAUAUGUCCCCCGGGCUGUUCUGGUUGACCUGGAACCAGGAACCAUGGACAGCGUGCGCUCAGGAGCCUUCGGACAGCUCUUCAGACCGGACAACUUCAUCUUUGGUAACAAUCAGCUGAUAUUACUCGACUGAAUCAUUCGCAGGUUUGAACUUCGAGAGGAGGGUACAGAACCAAGGAUUUCCGAUUCUUUGAUGGAAGGACAACUGGACUUACUUGAGACGUUUCGCCCCAGGUGAAACAUCUAGAGUAAGUCCAGUUCUCUUCAACGAAGAAUCAGAAAUCCUUGGUUCUGUACCCUCCUCUCUAAAGAGUAGAGGGGCCACCUGGCUUGUUCUCAGCAUCCCUGAUGAUCUGGGGAUCAUCAGAGUCCAUGUCCUGGGUACCUUCCACAUCUGUGUAGUCUCCAUUAAUGCUGAACUACAUCUAAAGGUUUAGGAGGAACAUCUACUGCCAUCCAGACUAAGACUUUUUCAGAGAAGACCUUGAAUGCGGCCCUGAACUUUUGAGCAGCUAAAAUCCCAGAAUGGGACUACAUUCGACUUUCAGACUCCAGAACCUGGUCUAGAAACAUGUAGGGGCUUGUCCUGGUAAAGGAGUAGUUCAGAGUUUUGAGGGUCAGUGGAGAAAGUCUCCAGCUGUUCAGUAAACCCAGAGUUUGUUUAUUAACUGAUGUCUGAGCCAGAGAAGAAACAGAGAUGUCUGUUCUAACACACACACACACACACACACACACACACACACACACACACACACACACACACACACACACACACACACACACACACAGAAACACAAGUGGGUCACCAGACAAGUGUGUGUCUGCGCUCACAUUCCCAUCUGCUGUGAAGAUCAGUUUACAUUUCACUCAUGGGUUUCUCUCUCCUGAUUGGUUGUCUACAGGUCAAACAGGUGCAGGGAACAACUGGGCAAAAGGUCACUACACAGAGGGGGCGGAGCUUGUGGACUCAGUCCUGGACAUAGUGAGGAAGGAGUGCGAGCACUGCGACUGUCUGCAGGUGAAGAAGACUCGUGGUUAAGUCGAGUGACAGGAGGUGUUUUUAAUGUCCAGCAGGGGGCGCCUCAGCUGGUUUUAGACACCGGCCUGAGUGUGUAAAGUCUGAUAUCUGCUUCUUCUUAUUCUCAGCUGAUUUAAGGAGUUGAUGGUCCUACUCUCUAGUUUACAGUCUCCUCAGUCGAUCGUGAUGUUCAUGUAGAAAGUUACCGUCCAUUUAGGGUCAAACAGAAGAUAACGUGAAGUUAGCUUUACAUGAGACUACCAGGAAAAGACAGAGACAAAGUUAAAAAGUCCUUUUUAGUGUUUUGUUGUUUCUUCAAGAAGCUCCAAGUAAUCAGUGAAUCACAUUCUGACUUUCUCGUCGUCACCCUAAAUUAGCAUCAAAGUCGCUGCAGCUAACUCAGCCUGAAAUCAGCUCCUCGUGAAGAAAAGCCCUGAGACUGGGAAAACUGGGUUUUAGCCCUCACUGUGCAAGAGUGUGGACUCGCCGGAAUCUCAUCCAACUGUUCAGGACCAGCUGACCGGACCAUGAUCAGCUGGUCCUGACAAACAAUGUUGGACAGAGCUUAAUAUUCUUCUGUUCUGGUUGUCAAGAAAGAGGCGGCUCCCCUGUAGGUUAAACUCUUACCGUUAACCAGUAUCUCAUUCAAAAACACCGAACUGUCCCUUUAAGUCAUCUUUAGCGUGUAGAGACCGAAUCGGAUCGGUCCAAUGAAACGUCUCCUUCCUCCUGCCAAUAAAAAACGACGUCAGCAUGUUUUCUGUCCGCAGGGUUUCCAGCUGACUCACUCUCUGGGCGGGGGGACCGGCUCAGGCAUGGGCACUCUGCUGAUCAGCAAGAUCCGUGAGGAGUACCCCGACCGGAUCAUGAACACCUUCAGCGUCAUGCCCUCGCCUAAGGUAUCAGAUACAAGGACCAAUCAGAGCAGAGGCUAGAAAACGCCCCGUCUUCUUAAACGUCUUCUUCCUUUUUUGUGUCUUUGUUUGUUUUCGGCGUCAAACCUUUAACCGUAGAGACCGUUUUAGCGAGUCUGACCUUUUCCCAUAAUCCCUCAGCCUCUCUAACUCUUCGACCUUCUGUCCGACCUUUUCAGGUGUCAGACACCGUGGUAGAGCCCUACAACGCCACCCUGUCAGUCCACCAGCUGGUCGAAAACACAGACGAGACCUACUGCAUCGACAACGAGGCCCUUUACGACAUCUGUUUCCGCACGCUGAAACUCACCACGCCCACAUACGGAGACCUCAAUCACCUGGUGUCGGCCACCAUGAGCGGCGUGACGACCUCGCUCCGUUUCCCCGGGCAGCUGAACGCAGAUCUCCGUAAGCUGGCCGUCAACAUGGUUCCCUUCCCCAGACUGCACUUCUUCAUGCCAGGGUUCGCUCCUCUGACGGCGCGGGGCAGCCAGCAGUACCGAGCGCUCACCGUCCCAGAGCUGACCCAACAGAUGUUUGACGCCAGAAACAUGAUGGCGGCCUGCGACCCUCGCCACGGAAGAUACCUGACCGUCGCCACUGUCUUCAGAGGCCCGAUGUCCAUGAAGGAAGUGGACGAGCAGAUGCUGAACGUCCAGAAUAAGAACAGCAGCUACUUCGUGGAGUGGAUCCCCAACAACGUCAAGGUGGCCGUCUGUGACAUCGCACCCCGUGGCCUCAAGAUGGCCGCCACUUUCAUUGGCAACAGCACGGCGAUCCAGGAGCUGUUCAAGCGGAUCUCCGAGCAGUUCUCUGCGAUGUUUCGCCGAAAAGCUUUCCUGCACUGGUUCACGGGCGAGGGCAUGGACGAGAUGGAGUUCACCGAGGCGGAGAGCAACAUGAACGACCUGGUGUCUGAGUACCAGCAGUACCAGGAAGCCACCGCCAACGACGGCGACGAGAACUUUGAGGACGACGAUGACGAGAUCGUCGAGUAAGGGGACUGAACCAAGAAAUGUACAACUGUUAGAGCCCAGUUAGAGUGUUUAUCUGGUGGUUAUGGACCAGUAGGACCAGUAGGACCAGUAGGAUGAGGAGUGGAGGGUGAUCUAGUCAGUUUGAGUUCAGAUAAUCUUACAAUCACCCCGAAUAUCAAGAUCUCAUUAAUAAAACAUGCAGAGGAGCUUUUUAGCCUGAAUAGAUUAAAAAAAAAAAACAGUUUUGAUCGAAUCAUGUAGAAAAAAUCAAAAACUGUCGUAAACAAAGAAAUCGAGAUAAAGAGAAGAUGUUCAAUGUUCCUGAGAGGACGGAUCCUCGACUCCAAAAUCCAACCAAAUAAAAUCUUGAUUUGAGACUCAGCUGUUAAAACGAGAGGAUGACACACAGAUUUAAUAUUAAACUUUUUCAGAGUGAAACUUUUCCUUCUUGGCACUUUUUAAACCAUCAGAGGAUCGAACGUGGAGCUGAUGUUACAAUAUUAAUCUUUGCACACAGGGGGUGCCAAAAUCAACACUGACACAGAGUUCCCCACAGCAGCUUUAAAACGCUCUAAUGAUCCCGUCUGCAGACGAUGAUACACUAGCUUCUGUUCCGGGGCAUCUGAUUGGCCUCUCAAAAAGGGGCGGGGCUUGAAUAUGUGUGCGAUACAUUCAUACAGCCACGCCUCUAAAAUGUGACUUUUUUUUAUUGAGGUCAGAACUUCUGCUGAUUUUAAGUGUCCUACCAAAAGUUAACAUGAAGUUUGAACCUUGAAACAAACUUCCACUCCAGAGUCGUCAUUUUGCAGUUCAGUCACUCAAACCUGCUGAUCGUGUUCGAAAGUAUUUUGACUAAAACUGACGACGUUUCAUGAGCAUCAAAAAAACAGAAACUGAUAUCUGAGUUUAAUUUUAUGAAUGUGAGCAGAGAAAGGAUACGAACACUAACCAAACUUUGAUUUCCUGUAAAAAUAGAGAUGUGCUUUUUGAAUUGACAGAAUCUCCUUUUGUACGUGUCUGAGUCUGAGUGUUUCCAGAGUUCUGUAGAUGUGAAGACGUCUAAAGUGGCUGAAGAGGUUUCAAUAAAAGCUGCUGCUGUUCUUUUAAGGGUGACACGUGUCCUGUGUUCAUGCAUGCAGAGUUGCCCUUCUGUUGCUUGAAUCAAAUUGGUAAUUAUGUUAUUUUAUACGAUCUAAAACUCGGUCAGUUUGAUCCGCGGUGGACGAGCAGGUCCGGUUCUCUGGGAGGUUUUUGCUGACAGAGUUUGGUGUGAAGAGUGAUCCAAGUUUAAAAAACACAAAAAUCUUCCAAGAAGUUUCUGCAGUUUUAGGAAAUUCAACAUCAACCCCUCAGAGCCUGUCAGCGACCAAAUAUGAAGGCUUUAAACAUUUGAAGAUGAUUUUAUCACUCCUCAUGAUGAAAACAGUCCUGCCUAGUUUGACUUAGACUUUGUCAGAUUAUUGCAUGUCUUCAUGAAUCCUCAGACGUCUCUUUACUAAUAAAAUGAGCGCGCUUGUGUCGACUGCAUGAGGGUUUGUCUGCUUUAAGUCUGGGUCUCACAUCCAUUUAUAAGACAUAUUUCUGCAUGGUGUGGGUGGAAAAGUGGAAUUUUGCACAGAUGUAACUCUGCUCGACAGUUUGGUGUUGUGUUGUCACGUGUUUGUUGUCAGCUAAAAGCUUUAUAUAAAACCUGAAAGCAGACUCUUCCUGUCGGUCACCUGACCGCUCUGAUAUCAGCCUGCAGAGAGAAUCUGCCCGUCAUCAUCAUCAUGGUCGGCGUGUUAAUCCUCAUCGCCCUGCUGACUGUGAGAGUUGAUUUCCCAGCAGUUCUGUUUGUGCCGAGGAUUAACUUCAGAGCUGCAGCAGAGAAAAGAAAGCGCUGGCCUCAUGUCUGCUGUCUGUGGAUCUGUUCGCCAUGGCGAGGCUCUUUGUUCUGAAACACGAGGCGUUCAGCAGACUCCACAUCAGACAGCAGCUUUUUACUCUGAGUCACAGGGCAGUUUGGCUGUUCAAGACGGCUGAAGGUUAAGGUUACAGGGAGGUUAGGGUGGAGCUGAGGAAUGUAUUACCUCAGUGUGUGUGUGUGUGUGUGUGUGUGUGUGUGUGUGUGUCAGAUAUGUCCAGCUGCUUCUGCUUGGACAGAAAUAAAUCAGAGUCUUUGUUUUCCUGUGAGGACCGUUAAAGCUGAACUUUGUUGACUCUGUUUUUUUAAGUUUGCAUCCUGGUUACUGGCAGCAUUAAAAGCACUCACUGUCAUGUGUGCGCCCCCUGGAGGCUGUGGUGGUCACUUCACUGUCACACAUGGAUUAAAAAAAGUGAUUAAAAAAUCUGACAGAGAAAUUUUAAUUGUCUCACCGCCGUGAAACAACACAUGCUCAGGCUGACCUCUAGUGGCCACUCCAAGGAACUGAAUGAGACUCAGAGAGCCGUUGAAAUAUUACAGUUUUUCAAUUAUUUUAUUUUUUCAACCUAUUUGGACAAAUAUUAGAAAGUCUCAUGUUGUGCUCAUUUCUAAUUUUAACUCUUUUUCACACGUCAAAAAUCAAAAAUAGUUGACUCUGAUCAGUCUGAGGAAACAUCAUCAGGAUCUCCAACAGCAGCUCUGAGAUCAUUCAGCUCCAUGUUUCUGUAAACUAAAGAACCUGAGAGAGAGGAGAAACCUUCUCUAACCAUCCAGCAGAUCACAGACAGCCUCAGCCUCGCUCUUCAGACGUUCAUCUGUCUUUAGGAUUUUCAGGCUCAGGUUAGACCUGAUCAAUCAAUCAAUCAAUCAAAUUUUAUUUAUAUAGCACUUUACAAUAUCCCAAAUG